AUGGCUCGUCGAUCUCAAAGCUCCUCGCAGGGGGACAAUCCCCUGGACCCGAACUAUCUCCCCCCCCACUACAAGGAGUAUUACCGCUUAGCCCUGGAUGUGCUUACUGAGGAGGGCAAAGAAAGUUACCAACGCUUUCUGGCAGAGGAAGCAGCUCCUGAUUUCCUUUGCAACUCAGAGGUGGAUCACAUCAUACAGAACCUCCAGAAACCCCAGUACGCCAAUCAGGAAGGCAGCACAGAUACCGCGGGUGACAAUGACAUGGACGGAUCCUCUGGGACUUACUGGCCCAUGAACUCAGACCUCGCUGUUCCGGAGCUCGACCUGGGCUGGCCAAUGGUCUUUGGGUUCAGGGGAACAGAGGUGACAACCCUCGUGCAGCCGCCACCCCCAGACAACCCCAGCAUUAAGGAGGAGGCUCGCAGGAUGAUUCGAGCAGCUCAACAGGUGGUGGCCAUAGUGAUGGACAUUUUCACUGACGUGGAUCUGCUGUUCGAGGUGUUGGAUGCUGCUGCUCGCAGAGUGCCUGUGUACAUCCUGCUGGAUGAAAUGAACGCUCAACUUUUCCUCGAUACAGCUGCUAAAUGCAGAGUCAAUCUUAACUACGUGGAGUUCCUAAGGGUGAGGACAGUUUCUGGCCCAACCUACUACUGCCGCACAGGGAUGUCCUUCAAAGGCCACGUGAAAGAGAAGUUCCUCCUGGUGGACUGCAUGGUGGUGCUGAGUGGCAACUACAGUUUUAUGUGGUCCUUUGAGAAGAUUCACAGAAGCAUUGCACACAUGUUCCAAGGGGAGCUGGUGGCCAGCUUUGAUGAAGAAUUCCGAAUCCUGUUUGCACAGUCAGAACCUCUCGUUCCUCCAGCGAACGUCCUGGCAAAGGCAGAGAACACCUUUGCCAUGACCCCCUUUGGCAAUAACAUGCCUUUCUUUCCAAAAAAAGCACCCCUGAUGUUCCAGAGGGACGACAACCUUUUUCCCUCCUUUAUGGACAGGGUUGAACCCGACAGGUACUUCCUGUCCAAUUUCAGGCGGGACGACAUGUUGCGUCACACCGUGGAGGGGUCGGCCAUGCGAAUGUAUAAAAAGGUAGAAAUGGAGAAUUCGCAGAUGGAUCCUGUCAGGGGUUUUCUCCGUUCCAAGCAGUUGGAAUUGGAUGCUUUUAAGAGACACAGUUUUGCAGAAGGAACAUUUGAAAAUUUUGCUUCUUCUAAACAGUAUGCCAGGCAGAUGUUUAUGAACAAUAUGGAUGAAUUUAAAAUCCAGUCUAGUCAUUUUCAGAAGGAUCAGUUCUACCAGUACCAGUUUGAACAUCCCCAUCUUGCUGGCAGACCUCAGGGGCUCUUUGAGAGAAUCCGAGGUGGCAGGCCAGGAUUCAAUGAACUGGAAGACUAUGGAGAGGGACCCAGAUACCCUGAACUCGAAUCUGGUUUUCCACAGGAGGGCUUCCCCUUAAGGCUCGAUUAUGUACCUUCAAAUUCCUCCAGGGAAGUCAGACAUGGCUCCGAUCAGCUGAAUCCUGCAGGCAAUGGCCCAAUGGGAAUGAUGUUAAGGCGGCAGAAUAUAGGACAGAAAUUUAUUUGCCAGACCUCUCCUACACAGAAACAGAGCCUGGAACAACGCCUGUUCUUACAAGACAAAGAGGAGGACCAAGAUGAAGACAAGAACACACAAGAAAACAGAACAGGGUUACGUAACUGGAGGAUUUCUUCAUACCUUAGUGCGUAUCAGUCCGAACCAGAAGAAGGUCUUCCGAUGCCCAUGGAGUCAGAGGCAUAUAAUGAUGUUCUCGGGGAUACCGUCACAAAGCACCCCACUGACCUCGUCCCAGCCUUCAAAUCUCCUCUAUCUUUUAACAGCAAGCCACUAGGAAUUGACAGUCCCAAAGAAUUUGCAGAUCCUGACAGAGCAGGUGAAGAAAGCCCUUUAAUGAAACAAGAUGCUUUUAGGUCCAGGAUAAAUCCUUUGAUCCAGAGGAGCUCAAGACUCAGGUCCUCUCUGAUUUUCAGUGCUGCCAAGUUAGAUCAGCCUAACACCACGAUAGAGAAGGUUCAGAUGAUCCAAAAAGAACAGAUGUCCAGUGAGCUGACAAAGGAAAAUGAAACAAUAAAGACAGCUGCCUCAUCUAAAGUGGCGGAACUUCUAGAGAAGUACAAAGCCGUGGGCAAAGACACAGAGCGAGCUGCUGUCACUCAUACCAAAGCUGUUUCCAGUUAUCUCCAGGAAGACUCCCAGAACACAGAGAAGAAAUGUACCAAGUCCGUGCAGUAUAAGAUUCUGGAGAGCAGGGUACUAGACUCCAAAGACUCCUGCGGUACUUACAAAGUGCACGGAGAGGCUGACAGACCAUUUGGAAUGGCCUCAUCGACCCCCCAGCUUGUUGACACAUUGAGCAAAGAUCCCCUGGCGCAUAUUGGCACAAAGGUGGACAAAUUGUCAUCUCGGUUUUACCCCAUAGACAAUAAACCUGCUCUCCAAGAGAAGGAGAGUCUUAUAUAUGUAGGAGACACUCAGAAAUUGACUCUUCCAGAUAGAGUGACAUUCAAGGACGACCCUCAGAAAUUAGCCAGUACGGAACUGAAGAAACCACAGAUUAGGACGAGUACCACAUCAGUUCUGGAAAACUUAUCUAGAAGUCAAGGAUCCGACAGCUCUCUCAAUAAGUCCGAGGAAGACUGUUCAAAACAAGAACAAAAUCCAAUGGAAUUUUUUCGAAAAGGAUCACUACGGGUGAAGCAGUUUUUGAACCCGAAGGGUGAAAAGAAACUGGAGGAGGAACCCACUUCUGAGAGUGGAAAAUCUGACAAGCAGACCAUGGUUCUCAAACGAUCUUCCAUAGGGGACUGUCAGGAAAUGAUGGAGGAAGAAAAAAGCCAUAAAUUCACAACACCGCUCCCUCCCAAAAGCAGCCAGCCGACACAGGGGAGAUUUCCUUCAUCCACAGCCAACAUCUUGUACAGCAGCAACCUCCGUGACGACACCAAGGUCAUUUUGGAACAAAUCUCAGCAAACAGUCAGAAGAACAGAGCAGAACUAGCCAAGCAACUACCAUCCACCAGUAAUCCUGAUCUUUCUAAGUCAACUACCAGCCUGGAAAGGAAAAGUGAGAAGGAGAAAAGCUGUAACAUCCACAGGUCAGAGAGUUUCGGGAGCCAGAAACGAAAUCUUCAGCGACAACCAUCAGAGGACAGAGAUACCCUUCUGAAAAAAAUGGAGAACAUGCGGAAGGAGAAGCGAGUCUACAGUAGAUUUGAGGUCUUCUGCAAAAAGGAUGAGCAUACAAGUCAAAGCGAAGAGGAAUAUGACACAGACGCCAAAGACAAGAAGAUGGGAAAAUUCAUGCCCAAAAUUCUGGGGACCUUCAAGACCAAAAAAUGA